AUGGCCGACAUCGACGUUAGAAAGCAGCGCUUGGAACAAUCUGAGCAGCAGCUUCAGGACAAAAUGAACCGUCGACGGCAAAAAGGCAUGGGCGGAUUUCACUCAGGACUAUUUUUGCAACCAAUAAAAGUCACGGCGUCGAAUGCAUUCAACAAUCCGGCUUUUGAUGAGCCAGAAGUAAUCGAGGUCAUCUCCAACGGCGCUGAUAUCAAGCCAACUUCUCGUGGCAGCUCUGCAAAGACGAAAAAGCCCGAGGAGACACCCUUCGACGAACCCCCUGUCGUCGAUCGGUUGGUUGUCUCGCCGAGCGAAGAGGUCGAAGAAAUUCCAGUAGCAAAGACUCAGCCAGAAAAGCCAAAGAGCGAAAAGAAGAAGAAAAAACGCGUGCCUAAACCUGUUCCAGUUCCAGUUCCCGAGCCAGAUGAGCCUGAAAUCGAUCUUCCGAAAGUGGAGACGCCUCCAGCAGCACAGCCAGUAGCGAGACCGAAGCUUGAAAGAGAUGACACGAUUCUGUACAAAGGAGAUGAAUACUACGAAGACCGUCAGAAUGCGCUAGAAAUUGACGAAGCCACGCAAGACGUUUCGAAUUCUGAUGAAUUUUUGGCACCCGUCCAACCUGAGGGCCCCGUCGCUGACUUCCGCCCCGCAUCGAGGAUGUCCGUCAUGACAACUUCGCCGCCAAGCACAAUCGACGACAUCGACGACUUCGUCUUUCGCCCCGCACCCCAGGACGAGCAAAUAAAGUGCCGGAUAAGUCGAGAUCGCAAGGGCAUUGACAACCGCGCUUAUCCUAUCUACUACCUUCAUUUGGAACGCGAAGGGCAGAAAAAGAUGUUCCUCCUUGCCGGGCGGAAAAGAAAGAAAACGAAGACAUCCGCGUACUUGAUCUCAACCGAUCCAACUGAGCUCACGAAGAAAUCUGAAAGCUUUGUGGCAAAAGUCAGGAGUAACAUGAUGGGAACCCGAUUCACGAGUUACGACAAUGGAAACGCGUAUUCCGACCCCGGAGCUCUGAUAGACCCAUCUGCCCUGCGGCGUGAGCUCGUCUCAAUCGCUUACGAGACAAAUGUCCUCGGUUUCAAAGGCCCGCGCAAGAUGACAGUUGUUAUCCCUGGCAUGGAUUUGGACUGCGAACGACUUGAAUGUCAACCGACAAACGAAAAAGAAACGCUCACUGCGAAGUACGACUCGAAGUUGCGAGACAACGUGACAGUUUUGCAGAACAAGUCGCCUGUUUGGAACGAGGACUCUCAGAGCUACGUGUUAAACUUUCAUGGUCGCGUGACGCAAGCCUCGGUCAAGAACUUUCAAAUUAUUCAUGAAAAGGAGCCCGAUUAUAUCGUGAUGCAAUUUGGCCGUGUCGAUGAGGACGUGUUUACGAUGGACUACCGCUACCCCCUUUGUGCAAUUCAAGCCUUCUCCAUUGCCUUGUCGAGUUUUGACAACAAGCUCGCCUGUGAAUAA